CCAUGGUUUGGCAUGGACAUUGGGGGAACAUUGGUGAAGCUUGCCUAUUUUGAACCUAUUGACAUCACUGCAGAGGAGGAGCAGGAGGAGGUCGAAAGCUUGAAGAGCAUCCGCAAAUACCUGACUUCCAAUGUAGCCUAUGGAUCCACUGGCAUUCGGGACGUCCACCUGGAGCUGAAAGACUUGACCAUUUUUGCUCGAAGAGGAAACUUGCACUUUAUCCGAUUCCCAACUCAUGAUUUGCCUACUUUCAUCCAAAUGGGAAGAAACAAGAACUUUUCAACACUACACACGGUGCUCUGUGCCACCGGCGGUGGCGCGUACAAGUUCGAAGAAGAUUUUCGCACAAUUGGAAACCUCCAGCUGCACAAACUGGAUGAGCUUGACUGCCUUGUCAAAGGCUUAUUGUACAUAGACUCUGUCAGCUUCAAUGGCCAGGCAGAGUGCUAUUAUUUUGAAAAUGCCUCAGACCCUGAGAGAUGCCAAAAGAUGCCUUUUAACCUGGAUGAUCCAUACCCACUGCUGGUUGUUAACAUUGGUUCAGGAGUCAGUAUUUUAUCAGUCCAUUCCAAAGACAACUAUAAAAGAGUAACUGGAACAAGUCUAGGUGGAGGGACCUUUCUUGGUUUGUGCAGUUUGUUGACGGGCUGUGAAAGUUUUGAAGAAGCUCUGGAAAUGGCAUCCAAAGGAGACAGCACACAUGCUGACAAGCUGGUUCGGGAUAUUUAUGGAGGAGACUAUGAAAGAUUUGGCUUGCCAGGAUGGGCUGUAGCAUCCAGUUUUGGGAAUAUGAUCUACAAAGAGAAGAGAGAGUCUGUUAGUAAAGAAGAUCUUGCAAGAGCCAUACUGGUCACCAUCACCAAUAACAUUGGGUCUAUUGCCCGGAUGUGUGCAGUGAAUGAGAAAAUAAACAGAGUUGUGUUUGUUGGCAAUUUUUUGCGUGUGAAUACUUUGUCGAUGAAGCUUCUUGCGUAUGCACUGGAUUACUGGUCAAAAGGCCAGCUGAAGGCCUUGUUCCUGGAACAUGAGGGAUACUUUGGAGCUGUUGGUGCUCUGCUUGGGCUGCCAAAUUUCAGUUGAGAUACCAGAUGUCACUACACUGAACUAUUUUCCACCUGAACAACACUUGUUUAUGGCAAUGGGAAUUAAAUCUGGGGAGGGGAGAAGAAAACAGCCUGUAACUGUUUAUAAGAAGUGAUUAGCUACUGAGUAUUGCUGUUCUAAGGAAGGGUUUCACUCUGGGCAUUGGAAAGUGAACUGUGGUUAUCAUUUAUGUUCUUUGGUACAUGUAGCCAGUGCUGAACUCAUAAUAUGCAAUACAUCCUCUGAAAACAACCUUCCAGAAAUCCAAGACAAAGGAAUGCCAAACCAUUAAGUGCUCAGCAUGAAAAUAUUGUAAGUUUACUCCUGAGGCUUUAGGCCCAUCAGUUUUGUAUAUAAUUAAUGAAUGAAAAAUUAUUUUCAUUAGUUUAGUAUAUUAUGAGCACAAUUUCCCCUGUGUGAAAACAACUUUUAAAACAGCAAGGUACUAUCUACAAGAUGAGAGGAAUCUGUAGACCAUUUCUUCCCACAGUUAAGAACAGUAAUUAUUUUAUUCUUAUGUCUAUUGGAAAUAAUGUUAAUGCUUUAAUUUUCAGUGGGAAGAACAGAAACACAAAGAAUCAGCCAAAGCAGCAGAUUAAGCAUUUGAUGUUAUGAAAGUUUCAUGAAAAUAUUCACUUGCUCUCUUCAUUUAUAUGAAAACUCAGCUGGUAUUUUGGGAAGAUCCCUCUGUCUUUGAUUGGAUUUGGAAAAGAGUUUAGUGAUUAAUGAGCACAGUUUUUUUCAUGUUCAUUGGGUUUUUUUGAGGGCAUGACUUCCAAAAUGCGUUCUGGAUUAUUUUUUUUGUCUCUUUUAUCAGUUCUACCAUCAUGAAUCAUUAUUUGUAAAGGUACCACAAAGCCUGAGAGUACUGAAGAAAUCUUUAUAAAAUAGACUAAAUACGGGACCUCAUAAUUCUGGUGCUUUGGCUCAUUUCUGUGGAGAUUUGGAAAAUUUUGGCUACUAAUUUGAGACUGUGAUUUCUACUUAAUUUUGUAAGAGUUAAUCAGAAUCUAAUUAGAUGUUGAAAAUGAAAGGUGGUUAGCUUAAUUUUGGAUUUGGGAAGUUUGUUUCUGAAAGCUGAGGACAGCAUCAGAGUUUGUAUUGCAGCACCAAACGGACCAAUAUUUAGUACACUUGCAAUAUGGAACAUCAAAUCGUGGCCUUGGGAUAAAAUCCAUCCUCUGGAACUGAUCUUUGGGGUUUUCUGUAGACUUUUAAAAUUUACAGUUGUGAUUAUUGUACUAAGUUUAGUCCUGAAGCCAGGGCAUGAGAUCUUAAACUUACAAGACCAUUAUACAGUCCUUAGCUACGUGAAUUUUUGUGGACUAAAGAACUACCCAAUUUUAUUAUAUUUUCAUGUUAAAUAUUUCCUGUAUGUGCAUGAGGAGCAACCAGACUAGAACACAUUGAUAUCUCGGGGUUUUAAGGUAUUUUUAAAACUGAUUGCUCGAGUAUUCCACAGCAUGGCUGUGCUGUAUUUACAGAUACACCCACCUAGUGUGUUAGAAACCCUGUGUGCUAUUUCAGCCUUCUCUUUCUUACAACUCAAAGCCCCAUACUAACAUCAUAUGUUAUCUUCUAAGAUUUUCUGUGGUCCUUUAAGGGUACAGUACCUUAGAGUAAGCAACUCAUUUAAGUGCAAAGCCAAUUGCAAAUGCAGUUCCAUUUAUUGUUGCUUUUCCUGGUAUUUGUACUACAUUUCUAUUGUGCUUGCUUUGGAUGUUUCACUUUAGACAUAAACAACUAAAAAUUACACUCACAGUUCAGCUGAUCUAAUGCUAAUUCAGAGCACUUCAGAAAAUAAGUGAAUAUGGUUUUUAUAGAAUGUCUUUAUAAAUGCUGUAUACUGCUCUUUUGGGUCAUGAUUGACUAUCAAAAGUAAACUUUAUUUGGUUAAUAAAACUGUGUGAAAACUUAAUUUUCUGAGUGUUCUGACAGCCUGCUGAAAAGUUUGCAAACUAACUGCACAUUUUAUUUGCAAAGUGAGGUACUUUAAGACAUGUACUACAGCUCCAUUAGAAACAGUUCCUUUAGACCAUGUUUAUUGCUACUUCAGUUCUCUUUUGGUGAUACUGAGGAUCCUCAUGAAGCAGUAGUUAGAAGCUACUUACAUAUUUAACCAAAAGCACACAUAGCAGGUGAUUACCUAAUUUCCAUGGUUCAUUAAACCAAUUGAAGUUGACGUGACCUAAGAUACAUUUUUUUUUUUAAGUAAAUUGUACAGAGUUACAAAAUAAACAAGUGGAGUAAUUCUUGAAUAGCUGUACUGUAUAGAAACUACUGUGAGAAUCAAAAAGUAUGCCCUACCUCUGGUUUACUUCCCUUGAGCCUCUAAAAAAAUUGGCUUCCUGUUCCUAGUUUAAUCAGCACAAUUGGUACUUCAUUACAAGAGCAACCAGAGCAGUUGUCAAGCCCUGCUGUAAAGCCCAGGGGUCCUGUAUUUAAGCCACAUCUUUGGGUUUCAUCUCAUUUUCUGUCAGCUUAGAACUUGUUAUUAGAGUCCCCAAAGAUUGACUCUACCCACCAGGAGAAAUGAUAGGCAUCACAAGUAGUUGCAAGAUAAGCCUUAAAGUCUUUUCUUUGAAAUUCUCUUCUAAAUAGGUUGAAAAGGAUAGUUUCUUUUAUACAAAUCACUGAAGUAACUUGCUUUUUCCUGAUCCUCUCUGUUUUUUCUUUCACCCUUGCCAUUUCCUCAAAGCCAACUGGUUGAAGCAGCUUUAGGGUGAAUGGAUACAAUGUGAUGUACUACAGUAGAGAAAAUUUGGGGUUUCUCAGGACUACUGUUGUCUUCUCAAGUGGAACCACUUCUCUAGAGGAAAGUUCUGUGAUACUUCUUCUAAAGUAAAAUGCAAAACUCAUUUUGAAUGUGUAAUCAUUUUCAGCUCAGUCAGCCAUGCGAGUGCCUUUUAAUUUUGUCAUAUAAUGCCAAUUUCAAUGGUACUGGGACUUGAUCCAUGAGGUUUCCUAAUGAAUGUUACUUACCAGCGAAAUGGCAGGUAAUUUUAUUGGCCAUGGAGAUGAUCCCUUCAAUCCCAUGUAGCAAGAGAUGCCAGGAGAACAGCCUCAGGCUUCCUAUCCCUUAAUCUUGGGGUAAUGCUUUUGCAUUUCCUGGUCUCAUCCCUCCAGCUUGGUCUUUCCAAGUGUUACGCACAGUUUUGUUGUAUCAGUAUCUCCCUAAAAAUCAUGCAGGUUUAUAGUGAGAUAAGUACUGUUUAUUUCUGGACAGAGAAGUUCAAUUUUAGAUGAAGUUAUUCCAGGCUAUUAGACCUAACCACUUUCACCUUUCUAAUUCUGCUUAGCUAACUGCAGUUUGGUUGAGAGAGGAACUCCUACAAUACACUUUGAGUAUUUAGCAGGCUGGAAUGAAGACAUCCUCAGUGUUCUUUACUGAAGCCAGUAAACAAUUUUUCAUUCUUUUUAGUAAAGUCUUGAUAUAUUUAGCAGUUCCUAGAGAAACAGCAUUGAUACACUCUUUAUCUAAUAGUUUGGUCAAGAUUUCCAAAGGGUGUUCAGACCUGCCUUUCGAAGAUCUUUCCCUCUCUCAAGCACCUGUGUGGUUCUGCCAACACCUCAGUUCAUAAUUGGAGAGUAACAGAGUGGAAAGAACAUGAGACCAUGCUGUCCCACUUAACUCUAAGCCUGUAUAUUAAGAAGAGAAGUUCUGUUCUGGCUUCUCCUAACCCUUGAGAAGCACUGUGACGUUCCUGCUGGCACUGAGUUGUUGGUAGUUCACGUGCAGGAUGCCUUCAAGGGCUCUAAUCCUGUAAUGCCUUGUCUCUAUCCCCUGCAGGUCUUCAGGAAGCACCUGCUUCCACAUAAGCUGCAAUAACUUCUCAUUUCUAAGUGUUUCAGAAUAACAGUGGGGUUUUAACAUUUGGAACUAAUCAAAGUGUCUUUUUCUAGAGCCAGUCUGUGCUAGAUAAAGGCUAGAUGGUGUCUUUUGCAUUCAGUCAUUAACUUACAUUAAUGAAUAAAUUCACAGUCAACCCCUGCUCCCAUUCUGGGUAUCUGGGCAUCACUGUAAUCCUGAGGAGACAGUUGAGUUCAGAGCAGAGGUGAAGGUCGGUGUGGUUCUGUUGAGCUAGUUCUGGUCAACUUUUUUAUCCUCAGUUCAUUUAAACACAUAAGACUAAUCUUUCCCCUGUCCUUGUUUUCCUAUCUACAUCCUUUUUACAGAUUAUGUAGGCUUAAAAAACAUGUAGCAUGUUAACAGAGCUUUGCUGAGGUUAAAAAGUGAACAAAAAUCCAUGAGUCAGAUUAGAAGUGUCUGACCAAGACCUUCAGGUCACAGAGAAGGGCUCAAGACAUAUUUGACACAAACAGUUACUGUUUGUUUGUUUGUUUGUUUUUAUUUCCUGUUAACACACAGUCAGAGGGGGUAAACUUCACAAUCAUUGUGGAUAAAAUGGGUGAAUUUAGUCCUCAGACAUGACCAUGGGAGAUUAAAAAAUGCUUUAUCACAGAAGGAUAAAUCCUGCUUACAUUCUUUUAAGUUUUAUUGAUAUUUUAAAGUACAUCACCAGUAUUUUGUCAUCUGUGGUAAAAUGUUCUAAGGUUAAAAAAAGUCUGCAAAUAAGCCUGUUUUAUUAAUUUUGUUUACUUCAUACGUGUAAAGCAUAUUAAGUAUUCUAAAAAACACACUUUCUGAAAACAUCUCAAAAGAUGCUGUAAUCUGUUUGUAAUUAUUAAUGUGCUAAUGGAAUAUGUUUGAGCAGUCUCAGUUUGCAUGACUGAGUGCCAAAUCCUGCUCACUCUAGUUACUUGAGUAGAUGAUCCUUUUAAACUAAUGAGCAAGAUUUGGCCUCAAGGUCUUCUGCCUGGGGAACACAGUAAUGAUACUUUGCAUAUUCCUGCUGGUGCUAAAUCAUUUGUUGAAAAUAAAGAUUCUAACUAGAAAUUGUAAAUAAAAUAUUUAUGGCCUGGUCCUUUUGACAGACUGAAAAUUUUAUCAUUUGCCAAUACUUUUUGGCCUUAUUUCAAGUUUCCCUUUUGGAUUUGUUGGGAUUCUUUUUUUUUUUUUUUUUUUUGAGUAUGUGGACUGUGUUAAUGUGGCAAGUCAUUGGCAGGUGUGGCUUCCUGUGCUGCUUCCUGUAAGGCCCAUAACGUUCCCGUGGUGCAUCAGGAUACAGAUGACUCUUCACUGCUGUAUUUCCAUGUUAGCCUUCAUCUUGUUAUUGUAGCUGUUUGCACAAACAGUGUUCUCUGCUAAAACUUCAAGAAAUUCAGCCAUUACUGAAUGCUUUGGGGGAAGCUGUUGAGAAUUCAAAAAUACCCUUUUAAAGUAAUUUUAAAAUCUAAAUGUGCUAAUUAGCCUUGCCUAUGAAAUGAACUGGAAUAUCAUGUGUCAGUUGCUAAUCUUUGCUAUAAAUUGCUAGCAUUUCACAAUUCUUCUACCAUCAGCUUAAGAGCAUUGUAAAUACGAGCUUUGGGAGGAGUUACAUUAGUUUCAGAUUGUGCAUUGCAAAAGAGUUUAUAAGACUAGUGAAUUAGUAUUUUGAGACCUAUUAAAUUACAACAUCUAGAACAUGAAAAUGAGUGUGCUGGUGUUAGGGCAUAGAGGGCUUUUGAUAAUCUGCACUUUUACAUUCUUGAGUUUUGGCAUUUUAACAAACAAGCAUUUAAUUUUCCAUCUGCUGUCUCGUCAUGUGCAGGCCUUGUGAUCACCAGUUGCUGUCUUCAGACAUUUGUUUUAGUUAGCAGAGCAAGCAGGCAAAUUUAUGACUUGGAAACCCUUGUAGGAUGAAGUUCUCUGAAGAACCAUUUGGUUAAGUUGCCUUAUUCUAUUACAUUGCACUCAUGGUAUGUCUCUGCUUCCUUGUUUACUGUUCAGACACUGAAGAUGUGAUGUAAAAAUACGUGCUACAAAUUUUUAUUCAUAAAUUACUGAUGAAUACCUUUGUGUCACCUGUUAAUACAGCUCUUGUAAAUGAUGCCUUUUAUGCCAUCUUGUAAAUUGUUUAAAUUAUUUUUCUUUUUAUAGAUCCUCAUUAUUGAAUGUACAGAUUAGAUCCCUUUACUAUGUCACUGAGUAAUUUGAUUUGGGCCCAAAUAUGGCCAAUGCUAUAAUUCAUCCCAUCGAAACUGUAAAUAAUUCUUUACUGCUUGUUUGCAUGAAUGAAGUUUGGAUUUCAUUUGCUUUGUCAUAACCCAACUCCUCUGUCAUGGGCCUACUUUUUACAGUUUAUUUUCCUGGGUUUGUUACCAUUUGUUCUGUACGAAUGUUGAAACAGUCCUUUGUCUUUUCCUAAUAAAUAAUUUGAGAUUGUUCA